CUAAGGUGUAUGAAUGUUUUUUUAUCGCGAAAGUUUUGAUGGUUAAUAAGAAAUGUUUAGUACUUUUGGAGAUCGAUAAACUGAAAGAGGUAGACAUAUAUGAACGAUGAAAUUAGGCAGAUAAAAUAUCGUCACGCGUGAUGAAUAAGUAGCACCUGAAGCUAAUGUUUUCUGCACACAAUGCUCGAUCUUAUGUGUUGAUGAAAUAUAAAGCUCAGUUUUCAAGCUGAGUGAAUGAGCGGAAUACAGUGUUACAUGAUCACAUGUGAGAACAUGCACCAAAUAUUUGGUCAAGUGAUACAUAUUGUUCCAUUGAAGUGCAUAACAGAGUCAGUAAAAAAUGAUGAAAUUUGUCAUUUCUAUAUUGCUCGUUGGAGUUCUCCCACCUGUCUCUUAUUGAUUCAUGCGCUUUCUGUGAUGAUUGCUUCGAUGUUUUCUUUGAUCACAAGCAUUGUAGGCAAAGAUGGAUGGUGGUUAGCAGUGGAAUCGACUGCCGUCAUAAAUAUCGAAGAUAGGAUUAAGUUAACAGAGCAGGAAUGAAAUAACCUUUCACGCUUCGUACAAACCAGUAGGUGUUUGGACUGAAUAGUUGAGGGAAUAUCCGUUUGACGUUUGAACUGAAUGGUUCUCAGAUCUUGUCCACGAGUAAACAUCAACGCCGAGAUGCAGCAAUAUCCAGUUGAGACUUUUUAAAUAAGAAGGAACGCUAG